GGAAAGAUACCGAAAGUGCUGAAACGCCGCCACUUGCAAAAAUUUUUCCAAGCGCCGAACAUGGGAAAAUUUGUCAGUGAGAGUGUAAUAGCGUAAAAUAAAGAAAAAGUUAUUUUGUUUUUCCCAUUAACGUUUUAUGACGGAUAAAAUUGAAUAUCAGUGCAUUUGCUACAAAAGUGUGAAUAAUCGAAAAUCAGAGAGUACGAAGUGAAAAAAUUGCAUUGCGACCAAAAAUAUAAUAUAAAAGUGACGAAAGAAAGUAAUUAUCGGAAGAAAAAAUCUAGUGACGAUUUGUUGAUUUCUGCUUAAUCGUGUGUGCAAAAAAUGUACAAAACUAAAAAAGAAGUGGAUGCCCAUGUGCGAACUGCACUGUCGAAGUUGCGUUCCGAGUCUGAGCGGCAGUUACGAAGUUUUACCAUCGCCAAACUUUAUUACAAAAUCAACGAAUAUUCCACCGCAGAACAAUAUCUGUGUUCCUACCUCAACGUAAAAGAAGACAAUGAUCAGGCGCAUAAAUUACUUGGUCAAUGUUAUCAACGCCUUAAGAAACCAGAAAAGGCGCUACAGUCCUUUCAACGUUCUUUACAACUAAAUUCAAAACAACCCGAGGUUUUGGCCGAUGUUUGUCAACUAUUGUUGGAUGAUAAAAACUUGAAUGUGAGUAAAGCUAAAUAUUGGUGUGAGUUAGCUGAGUCGGAGAAGGUGCAACAUGAUGCAGUAUUCUCAUUGCGCUUGAAAUUGAUGAACAAAGAUAAUCUGGAAACGAAUCAAGUUGAGGAUUUAAUUUUGAAAGAAAUAAGUGCUCGUCCAAACGAUGUGCAAUUACGUGUUCGACUUAUGCGCAAUUACAUUGAACAAAAUAAAGUCUUGGACGCCUUCAAAUAUGUAUACAAUUUUGAGAUGAAUCAGCAUGACAAUUUCUCCAGCAGCAGCGAAUGGUACAAUAUCGUAUGGUUAGUGCUGAACAAAUAUGAACAUAUGCCAAACACGAAGAAGGAUUGGGAGUUUUGGUUGUUAAUGAUUAUUUGCCUGGAACGACAAGUCAACAUCAGUUUCACAUUAACGGCCGCUUCUGCGACUGGUGGAGUAACGGAGACGGCAAAUUUACUUUUCAAUUUAGACCAAUAUCUUUUCAAAGUCACACAGUUGUCGGAUAAAUUGUGCGCCCAACGUGAAUUGGUUAAUCUCUUUUUGGACCAUUAUCGCGGUCAGAUGCUAAUUUAUGCGACAGCCUUAAUCUUCAAGCGCGAACUUUUACAAAACAAAAACAAGUGGAAAGAAACUGUAAAGGUGGUGUUACCACUAUUACUAUUUGCUUUCCAAACAGAUGUGCCAGACAAUCGCGAACCAUGGAUGAGACAUACUGACGAACAAGGCAAGCAGUUGAUACAGUUGUGGAAUCGCGAGGGUUCCUUCCGUUGCGCACAGGCUGGUCGUACUUUGCUUUCAUGCAUUGCAGACGAGUUGACUACUGACAAAGAAAAUGCCAACCAACAAAUAAAUAGUUUGCUUGGAAACAAUCCACCGUUGUGGAGCAACAGCGAUGAGUUGUUGUCGCAAAUACGUCAAAUUUGUUCAGACAAAACUUGGCGGCGAAACGUAUUUGCUGCGCUCUACUGCAACAGUGAUCAAAAAGUUAAAGAACAAAGUUCUCUGUUAAUCAAGAGUCCGAAGCUAGCCGAGCCCGUGUUUGAGCUGCCCACCUACGCCGACGUUGAGCGCUAUGAAGAGGAUGCGCAGUACUUAAAACCACAAUCUUUGCAACAUUUGGUCUACCUAUGUUUGGGUAAUGAUAAUCUCGCCUAUGUACGUGCUAAAUAUUUUAGUGGUUUGAAUUUUUCCACACAAAACUUGGCAUUUUGUGGUGCAGAGUCUUUAAACCAAUUGGAUUUGGAUACGUUUUUAUAUGCGGCAACAAUACAAGCCAAACGUACACUGCAAGUUGAACGCGAAACAUUUGACAAUUACAACACGGGCAAUCGCAGCGCUUCCGGACGUCCACGCAUAUUGCCAUUCGCUAAUUUGCAGGGGCAGUUAUGCACCGAGGAACAAUCCAAUUGGUGGCUAGCUGCCUAUCAAGUUUACAAAAAUCUAAGCGCGGAUAAUUUAGCCGAGUUACGCGCCAACCUACAGUAUGGUAUAGAAGCUGUGCGCGGUGUUAAUGGGCCGAAAAUUGACAUGAUUAUCGUGUUUAAAUUGGGGCAGAUAUUUGUUGCACGAGCACAGGAUAUUGUUAAACCAGUAGAGAAAGGCUUUUUGGAGGCACGUGCAGAGAAUAUCUAUAAGUAUGGUUUAAACAUGGUAAAAAUGAACAAUAAAGGCGUUUUAGAGCCAUUCCGGAAAUAUUUUAAAUAUACUAAAGCCAAAACUUCCGUUGUUGAGCGCGAGAUUUCUAAUGCAGCAGAGGAUGCCGUUUCAUAUUUAGCUUCGCGUUACUUCAAGAAAGCCGAAUAUGAAGAGUUAAUCGAAGAAUUGACUGGCGUACAAUUGCCAUUUGCGACAUAUUUACAAGCAGAAGCAUAUCGCAAAUUGGACGAAGCUAAUAAAACACCAAAGAAAGCAAAGCGAAUGUAUUUGGAUCGUGCAAGUGAGUGCCUCAAUCAGACUUUGAAUCUGUUGAAAAACACAGAAGCAAACCCGGAACAUCCUUUGAAUUCCAUAAUACAUACCGAAUUGAAAAGAUUGCAACAGGCUACUAUGAAAUUCAUUAAUGAAGGUAGCCCAGCCACCGGUCACAAUAACUCUAGCACCUACGAAGACGCCGAAGCCGAGUUCUACCACGAUAUAUCCUUGUCUGCUACACCAGCAAUAAACCGUUCUCGACGUGAAGCAACCGCUGCCGCGCUAAUAGCCUCGCCUCGUAAUACUGAAAUGGAGAAUUUAGUAAAGCAAAUGGCCAAAACACUAACCUUUGUUAAAGAGGAACUCGUUGACACGAUUAAACCAGAAAUGCUAUCAAUGCGUAAGGAAAUCACUUCACUUAAGGAUAAAAUUGCUGGCCUUGAGGAAGCUAUGAAACGGACACGCGUUUCUUCAAAUCCACCAUCACGUGAUGAUGCAUCUCAUGUGCUCGAUGAUCUCUAUAUGAUCGAAGAUGCAUUGCAAAAUCAAUUGUAUCAACCGCCUGCGCAAACGCACAUGAAUGCUGCAGGUAGCAUGUUUCCCGGCGUUGGUAAUGGACCCAAUACGCAACCACCCGUUGGCGUGCAAAGCCCCUUUGUUGCAGGCCCACAGUCUCAACAACAAGCAGCCCAACAAAGAAACUCAAUGCAUUUACCGCCGAAUCCAAUGGCUACAGCUGCAUACAAUAGUCCCAUGUUUAAUCCGAAUUAUCCAAUGAAUUACUAUCCACAACCGUACAUGAUGUCGCAACCGCCUGGUCCACCUGGUUCUGCCGGCGGUAUGUUGGGUCAACGUAAUGCGCUGCCCAUGCCAUAUAUGGAUGCCAAUUUGAGCUUUAGCAUGGCACAAUCAACGCCAUUAUUGCCCGCACCGCCACAGGAUGGUCGCCCAAGCAAUCUGUAUGGUUUGCUGACACAACCACAGCAACCACCAACAAUUCCACCACAAUUCCCACCAUCGUUGCAACCACAAUUGCCACAACUGUCAGUGCCAAUGCCGUUGGCAUCGUUAGCGCCUGCCAUAACAAGUACCCCAACUGUUGUAGGCUUACCACCAGCAAUUUCCUCACAGUCGACACCGACCCCUGCGCCCAUACAAUUCAAUAAAGUACUUAAUAAUCAACCAGUUGAAAAAGGACCACCAGCCAAUGUGGUAAUCACCAGUUCAGACCCGUUACCAAAUCCAAAUAGGCCAGCCUUGUUGGCACAACAACCAACAUUGAGCGUUACAAUACCACCGCAUCAUAUCAAGCCUAGCCUCGUAGCCACAACAGAGUCAAAUGUAGCACAGACAUCAACGCAAGCUACACCUGCUAACGCCAUUACAAAUACCAUUACCACAGGCAACAGCGGUUUUACUGGCUUCGCUUUCGGAAGUGCCACCGCCACUACACAAAGUCCAUUCAGCAUUACUUUUAGCAAUAAUUUUACAACGCCUACAUCUUCUACAACCUCCAUAUUUAGCGGAAAGAAUAUAGCCUCUACUACGCCAAGCAGUACAAUCAGCACCAGCACUUUCAGUUUUAGGCCACAAAUCGAGCAGGCCCAAGCUCAGGCUGCUGCUGCAGCUGGAGAGAAUAGUUCAGGAGAGAGCAUUUCGGUGUUGAAUAAAACAUCGGACAGUUUUUCAAGUGAGCCGAAUAAGAGCGGUGCAGAAGCGGAAGUAGAAUACGAUCCACGACCUGACUUUAAGCCAAUAAUUCCAUUGCCUGAUGAAAUAGAGGUUAGAACUGGCGAGGAAGACGAAGAUGUAAUGUUUUGUUGUCGCGCCAAACUCUAUCGUUUCGCUGAUAAGGACUGGAAAGAACGUGGUAUUGGCGAUAUAAAGAUACUGAAAAAUAAGGAAGGUUUCUCAAGAAUACUCAUGCGUCGCGAUCAGACACAUAAAAUAUGUGCCAAUCAUAAAAUCACCAAAGAACUUAUAUUAACAACGCCGGCGAAUGAAAAGAAGGGACACAUUUGGGUGGCCAACGAUUUCGCUGAUGAGGAGUUGAAGACAGAGCGCUUUUUCGUUCGUUUCAAGUUACCGGAGUCAGCACAGAAAUUCUUCGAUUGUUUCAAACAGGCACAAAAAGAAGCCGAAGAAUUGGAUAACAAAAAAGAGGUGACCGUUACGAAAGAACAAACUACUAAAGAGAAUAAAUUUAACCAACCUGCACAACUUGCACCAUUUGGCUUGACCAAAAGCGCAGUAUCCAACUUCGUUACCAGCACACCAGCUACAAAGACCAACGCUGAAAAAAUACCAACCGUUGUAGCACAAACAUCUAUGGCACCAACCUCUGUCGCUACAAGUGCUAUAUCAAGCGCCGGCGGCGUUUCCAAAACGCUAUUCGGUGGAGCAGCUGCAGCGCCGAAUGCUGUGGUCGAAAAUAAAUCCGAGCUACCAAAAUCCACAGCCUCGCCUUUCGCUCAUUUCAGUUUCGACAAAGGUGGUGCAGCCACAAUCGCUCCCAGCUCAGCUGCGACGAACUCCACCACGGCUGCCACUUCAUCACCCUUUGCCAACAUCUUCAGUAAUUUGGGCAAAUCGGGUGUCACCACUUCGUCGCCAUUCAGUGUUGGGAAUCUGCCAGCAUUUUCGGCUGCGACUAGCGUUCUUGAUGGCAGUGCAACAAACGUUGGUGGCGCAGCCGCUGGGUCUACGACUUCAUCCGCAUUGAACAAAUCGAAUGCCUCUGAUGCGGAGGAUGAAUAUGUGCCAACAGCCACUUUCAAUCCGGUAAUACCAUUACCCGAUUUGGUGGAAGUCUCCACAGGUGAGGAGAAUGAAAUUGUUUUGUUCGAGCAUCGUGCCAAGCUCUUGCGUUUCGACAAAGAGGCAGGCGAGUGGAAAGAGCGCGGCAUUGGCAACAUGAAAUUACUACAGGACAAAGAUGACGUAAAUAAAGUGCGUUUGGUAAUGAGACGUGAGCAAAUACAUAAGCUCUGCUGCAAUCAGCGUUUGUAUAAAAACACCGCGUUCAAAUAUGCAAAGAAUUCACAAACCGCGCUGACAUGGGCCGGUCAAGACUACUCGGAAAGUGAAUUGACUACCGAAAUGUUAACGGUGCGUUUCAAAUUACCCGACACUUGCAAACAAUUCCAUGAGGCCGUAUUGAAGGCGCAAGCAAAUAUGGGCGAUGAAGUUGAUGAGAACGCCGGCGCUGGCGCCGCCGCUGCAAUUGGGAAACAGGUCAAGGAGAAAUCAACAGAAAAAACGGAAGGUAAAGCGGCCGUUAAAGGUUUUGGUGAUGCUUUCAAACCCAAAGCCGGUUCAUGGGAUUGUUCCGCUUGCUACAUAUCAAAUACUGUUGACAAACAAUAUUGUAUUGCGUGUGAUUCGCCAAAGGAUGACACUGUGCCCAAAAAAGAUACGACAAAUGUUCUAUUAACUAAUCCACCAAAGGCAUCAUUUGUUUUUGGCUUCUCACCAGCAACGAAUGGUAGUGGAGCGGCAACAGUGCAAGCAGCUAAUAGUUUUACUUUCGGUAAGCCUGCUGCUACAUCAAGUAUCCUUGCAGAAAAUGUGAAUAGCACGGCAACGGUGCCACAACCCGCCGCCACUACGACGACGAUUUCAAAAUCUGGUUUCGGUGAUCAAUUUAAACCGAAAGUGGGUUCUUGGACAUGUCAGGAUUGCUAUUUAGGCAACACAGCUGACGCUCUUUACUGCAAGGCAUGUGAUGCACCCAAAGACGAUACAGUACCUAAAAAGGAAUCAGCGAAUGAUGUGCUUGCACUCUCAAAUCCAGCGCAGAAAUUCAGUUUUGGUUUUAAUGCGGCCGCCGCUGUCACCUCUACAGCAAACUCGAAUACAACAACGCCUACAAGUAGUUUUGUUUUCGGUGGCGCCCAAAGCGAACCGGGUAAAUCUCUAUUUGGCGGUUUGACAAAUACAAGCACCACUGACGCCCCCAAGUCCUUUACGUUUACACCGGCAACUUCAACGAAUGCACCAACAACAUCGAAGCCAGCAUUCACAUUCCAGCCGCAGUCGAAAAUUUCCGGUGCCGGUGGAGAAUCCACAUCAAUGUUUUCUUUAGAUAAAAAAGAUUUCAAUUUCACGUUGAAGCCAAAGAGUCCCGGCAAGUCGAGCGGCGCUGGCGGUGGUGAUGCAGAUGCCGCGGCGGACGACGGUGAAGAUGGUGACUACCAAGAGGAGGAGAACAACACUUACUUCACACCGGUUAUACCGCUACCGGAUAAGAUUGACGUUAAAACGGGCGAAGAGGAAGAGGAAUUACUCUAUGUGCAUCGUGCCAAAUUAUACCGCUUUGUCGAUGGCGAAUGGAAGGAGCGUGGUCUAGGCGAUGUUAAGAUCUUGCGUCACAAGCAAACCAAAAAGUUGCGAGUGGUAAUGCGUCGUGAACAGGUGUUGAAAAUCUGCCUUAAUCAUGUGCUGAACGACGAAGUCGAGUACAAACACAAGGAUGACAAAUCGUGGCUAUUUGUGGUGAACGAUUUUAGUGAGGGCACCGUUGAAUUGGAAAAAUUCUCACUUCGUUUUAAGAAUAAAGAUAUCGCACAAGGUUUUAUGGAUGCAGUGAAAAGUGCCAUCGCGGGAACGGCUGUUCCCAUCGAAAAUACCGGUAGCAUAUCUACGAAUACAACAUUGAAUAUGACUGAGAUUGUAGAGAGCGAAAAGGAGGUUGAAACUCCACCAGCUGCUUUGUCGGAGGCAGAUAGGAUGACUGCUGAUAAAUUGCAAUUACCUUAUGAGUUCUUUACAGCGCAACCACCUUGUGCUGGUUGUCGUGGUUGUGAUCCGGAUACAUUUGUUUUUCCUGUACGAAAAACCACUGAAACAUUCGUUAAUGCUGAAGACAAUGAAAAUGUUUUAAAACCAUUCGAAUUACCCGUUUUGUCAUUACCCAAAGCCGAUAGUGCGGUCAUUGCGAAUCGUUCACUCCUGAAGCAAAGCGCUCUCUCACCGAUGGUACCCUCACCUGCAGCCACAACGCUUACUUCAACCAACAUUACACCCACUCCUAAAUCGGGUGAAUCGAAUAUAUUUUCCGGCUUUGCUGGCGUGAACUCAACAGCUUUCGGUGCUACUGGGGAAAAAAGUGCCAGCGGCUUCUCAUUUACCGCAGCUAUGAAUAAUGUCAAAAAAGAUGAUGAAAAUAAGACGAGCGCAACAAGUGGAACAUUUCUAUUUGGUAAUAAUGCAGGCUCUGGCGGGUUGAAUGGGAGCUCCAUUUUUGGUGGUGGCGGAGAUAAAAAGCCCAUUUUUGGACAAACACCCUCAAUUUUCGGCAAUGCCUCCAAUUCUUUAACUAAGGCCGCUGAUUCUACCACAUCCGAAAACGAGAAACCAAACACUAUUUUCGGUGGUAUUGCCAGCAACACUGGCAGUGGAUCCAUAUUUGGUGGGAAACCAGUUUUUGGUUCAGGCUCCAGUUCAAUUUUUGAUGGUAAAUCUUCUUCGGGUAAUGAAACAACAACAACCAAAUCGAUAUUUGGUAGCACAAGCAACUCGACAGCGAAUACCAUUGGUGGAGGUACCUCGAUAUUUGGCAGUUCAACAUUUUCUGGUUUUGGAAACGCCGCUAGCACCCAAGGCUCUAUCUUUGGCAGUGGUAAUAGUGCAAAUACCGCAAAACCCAACACAGAAGCAAACAUUUUUGGUGGUAUUCCAAAGGAGCAAACCGUAGCCGCACCAAGUUUUGCUGAUCUCUCGAACAAAGCUGGCGCGACUGAUUUUGCCAGUUUAGCUGCGAAGGCGAACUCCGCCACCACCAACAAACCAUCAGCAAAACCAGGUCCCGGCGGUUUCAUUGGUCUAACCGAUGAAAAUGCCUUUUCUAACUUCGCCAAAUCGGUGCAAAACACGUCGAAAGACGGCAACGCUAACGAUUCUACGCAAAAUGAUGAUAAUGAAAACUAUGAUCCACAUUAUGAUCCUAUAAUUGCAUUACCAGAUGAAAUUCAAGUAAGUACCGGUGAAGAAGACGAGACGAAAUUGUUCGGUGAACGUGCGACACUUUACCGUUACGAUGCUAACACGAAAGAGUGGAAGGAACGCGGCGUUGGUGAGCUAAAAAUUUUGGAACACAAAACCAAACAUACAUAUCGCCUGGUGAUGCGGCGUGAGCAAAUACACAAAUUGGUGUUGAAUCAUGCAGUUGGUGCGGAUUUCAGUUUUAACAACAUGAAUAACAACCCAAAAAGUUUUAUUUGGGCAGCCUUAAACUAUGCCGAAUCGUCUGAAGGCGAAGUGGAAAAAUUGGCGGUGCGUUUCAAGAAUGUCGAUCUAGCCAAUCAGUUCAAAGAGAAGUUAAAUGAUUGUAUCAAGUCAAAAAGCGAGGAACCCGCUAUUACUUCCCAAAUUAUCGGUGGUGUCCAUUGCGGCGUUGUAUCAUAUAAUAUGGGCAUUCAAAGAGACCUGAAUGUCGUCAGGAAGUGCCGCAAAUCAUUACUUCAACUUACGAUGAUCACCUCAAUUGUUGCUGCUGCCACAAUGACAAAUAUUAUUGGAAGUGUUGGAGCUGAGAACCCAGUACCGAUAGAUGAACAGACUUUGCAACUAAAUCGCCGCGCUGUCGCUAUCCCGUACUGUGACGAUGAUAAUACAGAUCACACUAUAGGACGCAGACUAUUGUAUAUAACAACGCUAGACGGCCGUUUGUCCGCACUUGACGUCAGUAAAGGUGGUAAAUUACGUUGGAGCGUGCCAACCGGUCCCGGACCGCUCAUAUCGUCUAGCAUACAUCGUCUUGAAUUGACAAAUAAUGGGCAAUUCGUGCGCAUGAUACCUUCCCUGAGUGGGGGCAUUUAUAAAUUCGAUGGUGACUCCAUUGAUCCUAUACCGAUAACCACCGAAAAUUUGCUUAGCUCUUCGGCGAAAUUCUCCGAUGAUCUGGUCAUUUCGGGUGGCAAGGAGACACGCACAUAUGGUGUAUCCGUACGCACGGGCCAACUGUUGUAUGAGUGUUCCAUGAAUGGCUGCAUUAAUUCAACAGACGCAAGAGAGCCUGCAACUGGCGACGAUAAAAAUGGUAAUACAAUUAGUGGCGAUGAAGCGCAAAUGGAACACAAUCCCCUCAUUGAUGAUGUGAUUGUUGUGCGUCGACAGACACAAACUGUACGCGCUGUGGAAUCGCGUACCGGUGUCGAACGUUGGAAUUUCAGUGUGGGUCAACACGAGUUGAAUAUGAUUAGACCGGCUGAAUGCCACGAUCGACCAUACAGCGACAUGGAUAUGGCCAUGCUGGAUUUGGAUAUAAAGGUGGUGGUGCCGGAGGGUGUAAUUUGUGCAUUCAGCAAGACAGAUCCGAAUGCAAUGCUGUGGAAAUACAAGUUUGAUCAUCCCAUUGUGAGCGGUUGGAAAAUUGGCGUAGAUGAUGAGCUAGAAACGAUCGAUUUGUUUAGCUCCGCUCAGUGGAUAUGGGACCAUGCGGAUAAUAUAUUUGAUCCGCCCAUACAAUCGUUGAGUCCCUCGAUUUAUCUCGGCAUGUAUGAUAAGCAAUUGUAUAUACAGGAAUCGGUUACUUUGCGCCGUGAGAUCGACGAUCAGUCAAAUUUAUACACACACCUAACAACCGACUCCCCGAUGCCAGUAAUACCUUGGCGGCCCAUACCAGCUAGUAGUAAUUCUUUGGCAUUAAUAAAGAAUGAAAAGGCGCUAACAGAUGGCAAGCCGGUUGAGUCAUCAAAUGCUGUUACCAUACUGCCGAAUACAAAUGAAGCUAUGAAAGGCAAUGAGUUGGUACCCUAUGAUGAAGAUAUAUUCGCGGUGUCAGCACAAUCUGUACUUAAUGCCUCAGAGUUUGUUAAUGGCAAUGGUUUUUAUUUAUAUACCCGUGAGGACAAGAAUCGCAACGAAAAUGUGCGCUGCAUAACCGAUGAGGAAGAGGAAGACGAGGCAGAAGAAGAUGAAGAAGGAGAUUUGGAUCUAGAGGAUAAUGCGGAUAGUGAUGAUAAUGAAAAUGCUGUGAAUAACACCAAUCAUUCCGGUAGCGUCGAUUUGGGUUUUAGUCUUGACGAUAUCGAUGCACCCGUGAAGGUUGUCAUACUGUCACUAUGGUUUUGGUGGAAGGAAGUUGUUGUAAUCGCUUUGACUACUGCAGUUCUAGUGAAUCUAUUUUUGGGACAACGACAGCGUCAAGAAGUUUUGGUAAUUGAACGUCAUGUGCCAGUGCCCACCGCUUAUGAGGCGACCGAACAGUCCACGGUUGCACUUUUGGGUCCCACUAAUGUUUGCAUGAAUGGCACUGCGAAUGCUUCCGCCAAUGUGCAUCGUACACUUUCAGAGUCUACCUCUUGUUCGGGUGAACACUUCAGUUCGCGCUUCCAGGGUGAUUUCGAUUUGAUGCGUUGUUUGGGGCGCGGCGGUUUCGGUGUUGUUUUCGAAGCGAAAAACAAAUUGGAUGACUGCAAAUACGCCGUGAAGCGUAUAACCUUGCCAAAUAAGAAGGAAUCGCGCGAACGCGUCAUGCGCGAAGUGAAGACUUUGGCCAAUUGCGAACAUCAGAAUAUUGUACGCUACUUUCAGGCUUGGGUUGAAACCCCACCGCCUGGCUGGCAGGAAGAAGAGGAUAGCAAGUGGUUGGCUCACGAGAUGUCCAUGUCCAUACAAAUUGAGACGCCCGACGGCACAACACUGCCUUCCUUCGAAAAUGCUUCACUGCCACAGCAGCCGCCGCGACGUCAAUUGCAGGUCGAGCGAAAGCGUCAAUUGCUCUCUUGGAUGUCUAGCCUGAAUAAUACGGACUGUGGUUCCGAACACGAGCAUGACAAUUGCAUUGAAGAAGAUGAAGACGACGAUUCAUGCAUUAUAUUUCGCUCAGAGUCACAGUCGCUGGCAAUGAAAUGUAGCGAUGAAAUCGAUGAUGAGAGCAAUAGCGACAGCGAGGAAGAAAGCAAAACGAAUAGCACUAAAAAGGACAAGCAAGUGAAUGGCAAGAAGUUGCAUACAAAUUCCAUUUCCAUUGACAUUCAUUCCAAUUCAUUUGAUAUGAGUUUGCCGAAGAACGGCAAGAAUAUGGAUUACUCACAACUCUCCGACUCCUUUCAAAUUGAGUUUGUGCGUUCGGCGAACGGUGACGAAACCAACGAAGAUAGCGGUUGUGCUGCCCAAACGAAUGGUGACGUGUGGACUUCAAAAGAUUUGGAACGUUCAUUAAACGACAACAACUAUACAACAAACACUAAAAGCAAACCACGCCCCGCCUCUCUAGAGCUGGGCAAAUUUGCUACAAAUAUUGAGAAUAGCAACAAUAGUAAAGCACUGUUGCCGGCCUCGGCAUUGUUGCAAGCCACACCCAAGCCGCAGCAAAACAAGGUCUAUCUGUACAUACAAAUGCAGUUAUGCCGCAAGGAGAGUCUACGCGAUUGGUUGCGCGAAAAUCGCUGUGAGUCACGGCAGAAUCAUAUCGCCAGCAUUUUCCACCAAAUAGUCGAUGCGGUGGACUAUGUGCAUUUAAAGGGGCUCAUACAUCGCGAUCUCAAGCCCAGUAAUAUAUUCUUCUCACAAGAUGGUCAAAUAAAAAUCGGUGAUUUUGGACUCGUCACCGACAUGUCCGACAUACCGAACAUGGUGACAAAGUGUGGCGACACCACCGGUCUGCCAUCGUGCGCACGCCACACACAACAAGUCGGCACACACUUGUAUAUGUCACCCGAACAGCUUCGUGGCCAACACUACGACUUCAAAGUGGACAUUUACUCGUUGGGUUUGAUCUUCUUCGAGCUGCUCGUAUACUUCGGCACCGAAAUGGAGCGCAUUAAAACGUUGCGCCAGCUCCGUGAUGGCAACUACCCACAGGAGUUUCCACAUAACUAUCCCAACGAACACGAGCUACUCCAGUUGAUGCUGUCCAAACAACCCGCCGAGCGUCCGGCGACCACGGAGUUGAAACUCAAGUUACUCGAUAUACUUAAAUGGCCAGACUUCACUGCGGCAGACGGCGAUCCGGUGGCAAUGGUGGCGGCGGCGGCACGUCGCUACAGUCGCAGUCGGACAUUCAGCAGCAGUGAUGCGUGAGAACGUCUUACAUGUACACACGCAGAUAACUCGACGUCCGUGUAGUUAGUUAAUUUCUAAGUUAAUUUAAGCAAUAAACGUUUAAUUGUAUUGCGUAAUAUACAGAAGGGUUUGCAAAACUUACCAUUAAUCGCGUUGAAAUUAAAGCUUUAAGCAAACUUACGGUAUCCAGUUGCACUUAAAAAAGACUUAGCUACUAUUUUUUACAAUAUACACACAUAUGUACAUAUGUAGAUGUGUGUGCAAAUUGUUUUUUAAUUGUGCAUGUGUGCCGACUAUACAUGUACUCGUGCUAUUUGAAUGUGUAGUUAGUUUAGUAAUUUCUUUUUUUUUUAUCCUUUAAAAUGUGCGCCAUCAAAUUUUACAUUUAUAAGCUGAAACGUUGAGUAUGCAAGAUAACGCUAGGCAAUAAAUCUAUCCUCAAGUAAAUACGGCUAGUAUUACUAAUCCCAUGAUUGACGUGUCUUCAAUAUUUCAUUUGAAUAAGCUCCAUACUAUUUCAUUAAAAAACAAAAAACUUCAAAAUAUCCACGAAAGUAAUUAUAUUUAUUUAUUUUCGUGUUUCAUUCAUCUACUCGUUCUUUUUUAAAUGCUUUUGACUUCCGCCUUUUCAGGUGGAACAUUAGUUUAAGCACACACCAUACAUACACACAUACAUACCUAUGUAAUUAGUAGUAUUUUGACUACCCUAUAUAUUAAAAAACAAAAAAACAAUAAUAAAAAUAGUUAAAUAAGUAA